UGUUACGAAAGAACGGAACGCGUGCGGCGUCGCGCCAAAUCGCAAAACGGAUGAACCGGCGACACUGGAGUGACGGAAGAGGAAUUCGCGAUCGGGGAUGCGAAUUCAGUUGGAUACACGCAGAGGCCAGCGUCGUGGAAUGAGUGAUAUCUCGUGACAUAUCGAGUAGAAAGAGAGAGAAAGAGAGAGAGAGAGAGAGAGAGAGGGGGGGGGAUAAAACCGGGCGCGAUAAGUGCCCACUCAAUGAAUUACAAACUGGUCCGUGUUGAUCUAACGAUAACAUCGUCGUCAAUAAUAAUAAAAAAAUCCUAUUAAUAUUAUAUAAUCCUCUUCUGAAUAUAUAUAUGUAUAAUAAUACUCAUUUGUGUGGAGUGUGAUUAUAAAAUUUACCGUUUGUUCCAAAUUUGAGAGAUAUAUCGCCGUAUAAAAGAAAUCUAUAAAUAUAUAUAUAUAUACAUAUAUGUAUGUAUACGUGUAUAUACAUGUAUGUCGUUGACGAAGAUGAUAUAGAGGAAACAUAGGCGUAAAAGCCAACGAGAGCGAAAAGAGAGAGAGGGGAGAGAAAAGGUGACGCUUAACGACCAAACGAAUGUUGUCAAUUACUAUUUAAUCGUCGUGUUAAAGUUUCCACGUUCAAUUAUUAUAAAUGUUAAAGUUGGUUCGUCUGUAGUCCCCCGUUAAAUAAUCUACCUCUCUUAAGUAUUGACAACGAAAAAGCUCGGAAAACGGCCUACAAACUAUAUCUGUGUGUAGAGUGCUACGGAUCUCGGCAAUGAUUGUACCUGGUUUGAUAAGGUAUUAAAUCUUCUUUUCUCGGAAAAGAGAAGAAACGAGAGCUCCGUUUUUCCCGUUUCGAAGAUAACAACGGCGGCAUGAACGUAGGAGACUGGUUACAAAGUGCCAUUUGCAGAGUGUCGCGCGAUCUCGAGCAUUUUAUCAAGAUUGCAUUCCAACGACUUCCAAACUUUGUGUACGCAGUGUAGCCUGUAGAAGGAAACGCGAAGAGAGAGAGAGAGAGAGAGAGAGACUCUUGAUACAUGUAGACGUAAAAGUGAUCAAGAAAUCGUAGGACAUAGUUAGACUGUGUGUGAAAUGUAAGAAUUCGAAACGAGCCAACAUGGAGAUCAUCACGAAACGCGACGCAACGACCAAAAACUCGACACCAAUGGCCUCCGUGAGGUUCACCAAGCUGCAAUUCAUGUUCCUUCUUGGUCCACAAGGGGGAAUGUGACUUGAUUUGGGAGCGAGCCUCGACGAUGAAUUGCCUCAGGGAUCGUCAAAUAGAAACAUAGGCGCAUAACAAACAAAAAAAGUAAAGAGGAUACGAUAAAAGUACUUGCGACGCGUAAGUGCAACCAGAUAAGGCUGAAAUAUGGAUUCGACAAAAUUAGGUGGUCCAGCACCGACUAGUCCGAGGACUCAUUCGCCAGUCCUGCCGAGCUAUGCACCGCCCGGUGACGGUAAUAUUGAUUACAUUAUAGGCGACUACAUGGAGAGACUAGGCACGAGACUGAACAUCCUUGAAACCGAGUUGAAAUAUGCGUGGAGAGCGCUGGAUCUCCUCAGCCAGGAAUAUAUAAAAAUGUGGGAGAGAUUAGAAAAGCUGGAAGGUCUGCUGUACGAGCAGCAAACGGUCAUUAGCCAGCUAAUCGAGUUUUAUACCAGCGGCGGUACUCACGACAAUGUGAGUAUUGUCGAGGAAACUUUGGCAAAUCAGCAGGGUUCGGUAGGCGAACUAGACGCGAUAGCGAAGAGUUUGGGUGCUGCGAUCGGCCUCGAGGAGACCACCGUGCUACGGGAGAAACUGGCUCAACAGGAGUUGGCGAGGAUGCACGGACUCACGCAGGACAGUACAACGGCCGCGGCUGCGGUCACCGAUAUGCACAGGAAUGUCAGAAAUUUGGACACUUUGGAGACUCUGGAAGAAGAGGGCAACAUUCCCGACGAGGCAUUCUAUAGAAGCCUGAAUAACGCCUAUAGGGAAGAUCUGAUCUGCGGCGACACGUCGAGACCGACGUCGCAGCUGGGUAUGAUCUGGGAAGAAGCCGAAGAUGAGGACAUAAAUGGAAAAAAGGAGAUCGAUACCAGCAUCUUCGACAAGACUAUACCAAAGGAAAAAGAACUGGAAGAACUGUCCAGUCAACCGACCAAAGAGGAAGUGCAAACUUCCAUAAUGAAGAAGGAAGAUGAGGCGGAUGAGGACGAAGGCGAGGUGUUUAGCGCGGCCGAUUACAAGAGCUAUAGAGGGAAUACGCCAUGCGUCAGCGAGCAAGAUCUCGCUCAACUUUCGAGACUCAGUUCCCUCGAUCAGGUGGCGUUGGAAAAAUUGCACGAAAUUGAUAGGUUAACCAGCAAAUUGCAAAAGGAUUCGCAAAAUCUCAUCGAAUUGCAAUCGAGACUGAUAGACUCACCGAAACGAAAUCAAUAUGCAACCGAAACCGAGGCGAAACUGGCGGAGGAGGCAAGCAGCAUUGACGAACAACUGAGAAAGAUCUACGCGGAAACUGAUGUGGAUAGCUGGACCUUUUCUAAAAGUCCCGGAUCUACCGGCAGAUCGAUCUCGAGAGUCAGCACUGACAGCGGAUUAGCCACCGAUGGCGACUUUACAACGAGAUCUAUAUCGCCAAGACUGACCUCUACGUCCAGGAGUAAUUUAGACUCCAUUUCGACUACUUAUACCCCGCCUAGAUUAGGAUAUACGUCGGCUAUACUCGAAAAGAGCCCGGAACCCGUGAUCCAGUUGCCGAUCGAUGUUGGUAACUUCGCGAAAGGAUACGCAGAGAACAAGGAGCUGACAGAUCUGAUGGCCGAGAGCUUUGCAGCCGUCACUUGCGCCUCGCCCAACAUUUACAGCACAACCACCGAAAAAGUAUCGUCGCCCACUUUAUCGGCUGGCAGUGUACACAGCGUUCACAGCGCCUCCCAGGGUCUUCGCACCAGACAGGACGGUUACUUUGGUAGCGCUGCUCGGCUCAAUCUCGAAUUCCAAGAAAGUCGUACGCCACCUAGUCCGUCGCCUAGUUCGCCACCUCCACCAGCACCACGAGACACCGCCGAAACCUUUCUCAUGCCCGGUGCAGAGCAAAGAGAGCCGGAUGCGAAACAGGGACCUCAGAGUCCGAGUUUCCUACGAAACGCGGAAAAGCUGGUUUCCAUGGAGCAAGGUCGUCUCAGCCCCCGUACUCCUCACUCGCCCAAAUCACCGCGAGUCUCACCGAAACACGCUGUUAAAUCUAGCAGUGCUGCUAACAUAGUCACAGCUAAAUCUGAUUCCGGUCUGUCUUCUAUGAGUGGCUGGAGUAGCUUAGAUAAGUCGCCGUGUUCCCCGAAGAGCUCCAUCGCUAAGAUGCUGACUUCUUAUUCGGUAGAUCACACCCGUGCGAGUAAUCUUAUACCUAGUACGCAGCCCGCUAGAACAUCCAGCCCGAUACCGCCUCUUCCAGAGGCAACCACUACCACUGUUAUCACGGAACCUCUCUAUGACACUCCCGAGGGUAGAGACGCCUUCGCAAAUGCUAUGACUACUACGUCCAGUCAUCCUUAUACAACUACAAUGAAUCACUUGGCAUAUACGACCGCCAGUAAAUCGCCAGUCAAAGAAGACUAUACUUUUGUACCACCGCCAGCUCCAAGUGUAACUACCACCUCUCAGAGUCCCAAGAAACGUCCUAGUCGUCAACAGAGUAUUCAUCCUUACAGCUCGACGUCUGCCGGUACGAACGCGGAUUAUAUUUACAGAUCGGAACAACCGGCUAUUUAUUCCGUAGCCGGUAGUAAUCGACAACAGGCUAUUACGAGCGUUUAUACCAGCGGUUCUGGAAGCUACGGGCCCAAGACUACCACCUCAGCUUAUUACGUUUCCUCCGAUUCAAUGGAUCAACAAUAUACCAACUAUCAGGAUAGUUACGGCAUUCUUCAAUAUGCGGAGACAACAGGCAACAUGAUGACGCAUGGAAAGAAGCCGGUACGGGGAAGUUCUUUCACAGACGGUAUGACGAAUCACGAGGGAUUCAAAGCAGCAAUGUAUCGCACAAUGUUCCCUACCGGCAAUAUCACUGAUGCUCUUUCGUAUUAUCCGACCAGCGCGACUAAUCUGCCGCGUACGGAAGCAAACGAGACUUCGUCAUGGCUAAAUUCGAUGGAGGAACAGAUACCUCACGACUCGACAUCUUCCAGCAUCAGAUCCUUAACUUCCGACGGGAGCUAUGCUCAAAGUCCUUACACGGACCGGAGGUAUCCUCAGCCGCCGGCCUAUCAAGCGCAUUCGGCAUAUCAACAGCAUCACAUUUACGCGAAUCAGAAUUAUCCGCAAGCCUAUCAGCAGCAGUAUCAGCCGUACAGCCAACGAUUGAGUAGUGCCGAGAGCGCACAACUUGCAGACGGUUAUCAGAGACAAUGGCAAAGAGAGCAUCAAUACAUUCAAGAUCACGAGACCGGAAGGAUGUCUAUGGAGCAACAACAGACGCAGCAGAGCGAAUAUUAUGACGCCUCAAGUGUCAUAGUCUCGCAAUCCGGGUACAUCAGUAUUUCUUCGAAUUUGAAAGAUCACGAGAUCGAUACUAGCAAGCUGUCGAAAAAAGUCAGAAGAGGCUCUUCGCUAAAAAACGCUAUGAGCUCUAUGAGCAAUUGGCUGCCCGAUUUACACCUCACCAAACGUCACAGAAGUCAAUCGUUACCAGGUGGUGUCAGAAGAGAAGAUCUGGAUGUACCGCAAGACGGUCAGCAGCAAAGAUUGCCCGUCGAAAUGACAGGCAGAGGUCGGGGUAGAGCCCAAACCGCUAGAAAAAAGAAAAAACAUACGCUAGUUUCCACGGUCUCCGGCAUUCUCCAGAAGGCUAAGCGCCGCAGUCACCAGUCGCAAUCUCUAUCUGACCCGGAACAGUCCGAGACAGAAUGGAGCAGUGGUCGGCAAAGCGGCCUCUCGGAAGAUGAGGACAGUGUCAUGUCCGAUAUCGUUCAAGAACCGCCUUUCUUCGCCAAAGUAAAGGGCGCUAGCACGAAAAGGAAACAACCGCCUCCGAUACCGCAGCAGAUGAUGAUACAACAACAGCAACAGCAAACACAAAUGCAAGCGCAGCAAAAGGAAUAUAUGCAACAGCAGCAAAAGGAAUAUAUGCAACAGCAGCAACAGCAAGCACAGUUACAACAGCAACUUCAGCUCCAACAGCAAGCGCUUCAACAGCAAGUGCUUCAACAGCAACAGCAAGUUCUUCAACAGCAGAUUCAACAGCAUCAGGAGCAGUUGCAACAACAGGCUCUUCAAGAUACGUGGGCAAAAGAGAAGGAACAAAGAAAGAUCGAGGUUAAUGAGCAUGACAUGAACGACCAGACGGCUUUGCUCGAAGAAGAAGCUUCGGGAAAGAGUACCGGAUCGGGAUCCGGCGGAUCAUCGAUCUUCCAAACCGUCGGCGAUAUCAAAAGAUCGACGGGUAGUUCGGAUGAGGCCCCUAACGAGAAGGCACCAAAACUACCUCCAGUCACUUUGAUCGGUGGCUCGAGCAUGGAAUUCGCUGUGUCACGAGCGCUCGGCAAGUAUCGUCAACGACAAUCUUCGACGGUGUCCGAUGAGCAAUCGACAACCGACGAGAACAAUGAAAAGAAGCCAACCGAGGAUGGUCCAGCGCAAACUCUGGAAACGAGUUUUGAGUAUCCAGAAGAUAUGUCAGAAAAAAGUGAGAAGAGCGAAAAGUCUGGUAGCGCAAAACUACCGGAAUUAGUUACCAGUCUGUCAGAAGAGGCUCCGCCGUCGGAGGGCAGUCCGUCGGCGUCCAUAAGAGGUUACAAUACUACGGGAGGUAGUCGAUUUCUACCGCGUCAUCAGCAAUCCCUAGAAAUUCCUUGGACCGGAUCACGACCGGGUGAGCCUGAUGAGGAUAAUCGCAGCACUCAUUCAUACAGAAGUACAUCGAGAGUGUCCUCAAGGCGGCAAAGCACGGAAGACUCCAUCGAUUCCGAAGACGAAUGGUACUGUUACGAAUUGAGAAAGCUCGAAGAGCUGGAGAGACAGUCCGAGAUGGAAAUGACCGAAGCACUGAUCGAGGAACCAGAAGACGAGGUUUAUCAGCCAGACGAAACGGUAAAAGAAAAGAUGUCGUUUGUGCUGAAGGAGCUUAAGCUCAAAGCCAUCGCGAAACCGGGAAAGGAUCAGAGAAAGGAAGGUAGAGAUGAAAUGCGAGCCAGGAUGAACGGUACAGUCAUCAAGGAGCAUCGCUUCGAAGAGAAUGACAGCAGGUAUCGCGACGAGAAGCCUAUACCUAAACGGAAAUCCGCGGAAAGUGUGGAAGCUGUGUUCGCCCGGGUGACCGAUUACCACACGUGGGCGCACGAAUUGGAAGCUAAAAAGGAGAAGCCUCCACCACCACCGUCUACGGAAGAGGGUUCUUCCGGCGAAACAUCCGGUCCGGACAGUCCUGGACAAUCGAUGGACGAGGAAGAGGAAGAGGAACUGCCGAAGGACCUCGAAGAGCAACAGUCGCGACGAAGCUCCAACGGUUCGACGUUACGUCACAGCGAGAAGAUGCCCCAGGGCUCGGAUUCUUUAUCCCGCGAAGGUAGCGUAAGUGUACCACCUAGCGAAGUGUCGGUCAGCAUCCCGGGAGCUUGGGAUUCUGAAAGCACUGUCCUUGAAGGCCUCGAGCGCGAUGGAGCCGGUAGCGCCGAGACAGCUACCACGGCGACCUUGAGUCUACCGAAGAUCAAGAUCGACUCCUCGUCCUGCGGAAGCUCGGACACGACAUUGAAGGAGGGCCAGGUGAGUCCUGGCCCACCCGGGUCCAAGUGGAAGCUGCUCAAGGCCUUGAAGGAACGUAAGGCCGAGGAGAAGCUCAAGGAGGUCGAAGAGGCCUCUAAGGAGAACGCUAUCUCCCAGGGACCCACGGCAAACGGCAGCGGUCCGGGUGGCGAAUCCGGUGGACGAGCGAACGGACAUCCAGGCGACAAUCCCUUCUACAGCACCAUCGACAGCAUGCCGGACAUUCGACCGCGCCGGAAGUCGAUACCAUUGGUUUCCGAGCUGGUCUUGAAGACCAUGGCAGCGACGAAGAGGAACGCUGGUCUCACAUCCGCCGUACCUCGAGCGACGCUGAACGACGAGGAGCUGAAGAUGCACGUGUACAAGAAAACUCUGCAAGCGAUGAUCUACCCUAUAUCAUCGACCACUCCUCACAAUUUCGUCACCUGGACGGCUACGUCGCCGACGUACUGCUACGAAUGCGAGGGUCUUCUCUGGGGUAUCGCUCGACAGGGAGUGCGAUGUAUGGAGUGCGGCGUCAAGUGUCACGAAAAGUGCAAGGACCUCCUAAACGCCGAUUGCUUGCAGAGGGCGGCUGAGAAGAGCUCAAAGCACGGCGCCGAGGAUAAGGCGAUUAGCAUAAUCACGGCGAUGAAAGAAAGAAUGAAGCAAAGAGAACGAGAGAAGCCAGAAAUCUUCGAACUGAUUCGCACGACGUUUUCAGUCGACCCGGAUACGCACAUAGACAGCCUCGAGCAGGCCGAACAGAUCGUCCUUGAGGGUACCAGCAAGUGGUCCUGCAAGAUCGCCAUCACAGUGAUCAGCGCACAGGGAUUAAUCGCCAAAGAUAAGAGCGGCACAUCUGACCCUUACGUGACAGUCCAAGUUGGCAAAGUGAAGAAGCGCACGAGGACCAUGCCGCGAGAACUGAAUCCCGUAUGGCACGAGAAGUUCUACUUCGAGUGCCACAAUUCGUCCGAUCGGAUAAAAGUUCGAGUAUGGGACGAGGACAACGAUCUGAAGUCGAAGCUGAGGCAAAAACUGACGAGGGAGAGCGACGACUUUCUUGGGCAGACCAUUAUUGAGGUCCGAACACUCAGCGGCGAGAUGGACGUCUGGUACAACCUGGAGAAGAGGACGGACAAGAGCGCAGUGUCGGGCGCCAUUAGGCUGCACAUUAGCGUCGAGAUCAAGGGCGAGGAAAAGGUGGCACCGUACCACGUGCAAUACACCUGUCUGCACGAGAACCUCUUCCACAGCCUGUGCGAGGAGAACGGCGGCAUGGUGACUCUGCCUCAGGCGAAGGGCGACGAUGCCUGGAAGGUCUACUUCGAUCCUCCCGGCGAGGAGCUCGUCGACGAAUUCGCCAUGCGUUACGGCAUCGAGAGCAUCUACCAGGCGAUGACGCACUUCCACUGCCUCUCAACCAAGUACCUGUGUCCAGGCGUGCCGGCCGUUAUGUCGACCCUCCUGGCAAACAUAAACGCAUACUACGCUCACACGACCGCUAGUCCGGCCGUGUCGGCCAGUGAUAGAUUCGCCGCCAGUAACUUCGGGAAAGAAAAGUUCGUCAAAUUACUGGAUCAGCUACACAACUCCCUCAGGAUCGACCUGUCGAUGUACAGGAACAAUUUCCCGGCUUCGAGCCAGGAAAAGCUGAUGGAUCUGAAGAGCACCGUCGACCUGCUGACGAGCAUUACGUUCUUCCGUAUGAAGGUUCAGGAACUGUCAAGCCCGCCACGGGCCAGCACCGUCGUGAAGGACUGCGUGAAAGCGUGCCUACGAUCGACCUAUCAGUUCCUCUUCGAGAACUGUUAUGAUCUGUACAAUCGAGAGUUCCAGGCGGAUCCAAACGAGGCAAAGCGAGACACGGACGAUCAUGGCCCGCGAUUGGAUUCGCUCGAUUUCUGGCACAAACUGAUCGCCCUGAUAGUCUCGGUGAUCGAGGAAGACAAGAACAGUUAUGCGCCCGUGUUAAAUCAAUUCCCUCAGGAGCUCAACAUUGGUCAGCUGUCGGCGGCUACGAUGUGGUCCUUGUUCGCGGUGGACAUGAAGUACGCUCUGGAGGAGCACGAGCAGCAUAGAUUGUGCAAAUCCUCGGCCUAUAUGAAUUUGCACUUCAAAGUCAAGUGGCUGCACGCCAACUACGUCAAGGACGUGCCGCCGUAUAAGGGCGCCGUGCCAGAAUACCCGGCCUGGUUCGAACCCUUCGUCAUGCAAUGGCUUAAUGAGAACGAUGACGUCUCAUUAGAAUAUCUCCACGGUGCCUUUAGUAGAGAUAAAAAGGAAGGCUUCCAGAAGAGCAGCGAGCAUGUGCUCUUCAGCGUCUCCGUUGUCGAUGUUUUCACACAACUAACACAAUGCUUCGACGUAGUGUCAAAGCUGGAAUGUCCAGACCCGGAGAUCUGGAAAAGAUAUAUGAAGAGAUUCGCCAAGACCAUCGUCAAAGUUUUAGUGGCUUACGCGGAUAUAGUGAAAAAGGAGUUCCCCAGCCAUCUGAAGGAAGAACGAAUUGCGUGCAUUCUGAUGAACAACAUCCAACAACUUCGGGUGCAAUUAGAAAAGAUGUUCGAGUCAAUGGGUGGCGACAAACUCGAGGAGGAUGCAGCAAACAUAUUGAAGGAGUUGCAACAACAGCUAAACGGCGCUUUGGACGAUUUGGCUAUACUAUUCGCAAACAGUUUAGAACCGCGAAUAACAGUUUCCGUCAGAGAACUAGGAGACCUAUUGUUGGCUAUCAAAGGCGGAGGACAGGUAACCCUGUCGCAGCCAGCACAAAGAAACAACGUAACCGUAGAAGCCGACGACGUUUUGAGACCACUCAUGGUUCUGCUCGAUGGUAGCCUAUCUUUAUACGCUGAGUCGUGCGAAAAGACAGUAUUGAAGAGACUACUGAAGGAACUGUGGAAGAUAGUCAUGAGAAUUCUAGAAAAGACCGUUGUUUUGCCACCUAUGACAGAUAAGAGCAUGAUGUUUAAGAACCUGACGGAUAAUGCUAAGAAUCUCGCUGCGAACGCCAAGAUAGAAGAUAUGUCGAAGUUGUUUAAGAAUCACAUGGCUGGGAAACCCGAUGUUAAAAAUGCCCUUAGUGGAGUUAUGGAUAUUUCUAAAGAGGUGGAGAAGAAUCUUUCGCCGAAGCAAUGCGCGGUUCUCGAAGUCGCUCUGGACACGAUCAAACAAUACUUCCAUGCUGGUGGUAAUGGUUUGAAAAAGACAUUCCUAGAAAAAUCACCGGAAUUGCAGAGCCUCCGUUACGCGUUGAGUUUGUACACGCAGACAACGGACACUCUCAUCAAGACCUUUGUCACUUCGCAAGUCAACCAAGUGCCGCUGAACGAUUCGACAACGCUACGUCAGCGUCAGCGUUCGAUGAGCAGCGAGAGAGGUGACGAAGGGGAAGGAGCCGAGGGUAUGGACCUCGAGGAACCCCUUCGCAUGACCAAGCCCUCUCUUCGUCGAGAGAGCCGACAAGUUCCAGAUGUCGCCGGUUCAGACGAGGGUUCGGUGGGCGAGGUGAGCAUUCAAGUGGAUCUCUUUACACAUCCGGGAACGGGAGAGCAGAAGGUCACCGUCAAAGUUGUGGCUGCGAACGAUUUGAAGUGGCAAUUGGCGACAGGCAUGUUCAGGCCGUACGUUGAGGUGAAUCUAAUUGGACCGCAUCUUACUGGCAAGAAGAGAAAACAAUCGACGAAAUCGAAGAGCAAUAACUGGUCGCCGCAAUUCAAUGAAAGCUUUGACUUCAUGAUCGGUAAUGAACAACAACAGCUAGAUUUCUACGAGUUACAUAUCUGCGUGAAGGACUACUGCUUUGCGAGGGAAGACAGACUCGUUGGAGUCGCUGUGAUGCAGCUUAAGGAUAUCGUCGAGGAAGGCUCGUGCGCGUGUUGGUUGUCGCUUGGCAAACGUAUCCAGAUGGACGAGACCGGCUGGACGAUCCUACGAAUUCUCUCGCAGCGUAAUAACGACGAGAUCGCCAAAGAGUUUGUGAAACUGAAAAGCGAUAUCAGGCAGGAGACACCGCUGCCGAAUCCCACUUGAAGAGAUGCGACGUUGCGUUAAUAAGCCGAUAGCGAAGCGACUCGAGUACUUCGAGCUUGGAAAGAGCUCGAAGAGAAGAAGAAAAAAAGAAGAAGAAAGAGUAGAAGGAGUAGGAGGAAGAGAAGCAGGAGGCCGUCCAAAGAGGGUUAGCAUUUGAUAUCUUCGGUACCACAAGCGAACGAAACCUUUCACGAUUUUGCGAGAGAGAUGUAAUUCGCGCGAUUCACCCGGCGAAAACGAUCGCCCCGAACCCUUCCGCCGUUCUUCGUUGAGAAGCAUACGACCCAGGGAAGGACAAUCCUAACAAUAGGAUAGGAAUCGAUUUAUCGCGAAGCUUCUUCUCUCCAGCUUCCCUCGCGCCAUGGAGUUCAGUCGAGCGUAAUUCCUCUCCAUUUUUUACGAGACACACACACACACACACACACACAUACAUACACACAGACACAUAUGCACAUACACGUACACACAUACAGAGCUUCAACCCCGUCCCUGAACAGCGACGACCGGAAACCACCAUCUUCCACAGAUCUCGAGAUAGGACGAUGAGCUAGGUCAACCUCGCGUGGCACAGCAUUCGUCCUGCGUAUUACUACAAUAAUGAAAAAAAAAGGCGAUUCCUCCCGCCUACGUUUACAGAGAGUUAAAAUAAUCAGCGGAGCUCGAUAGCGAGACGACGACGAGCAACGCUUCAGUACUAUACGAGGACACAUCGGACUCUUCUUCGUGCGAGUGUCGCAGGCGAAACGCAGGAAAAGAUGGAGAUACGAAGGAGAUAGUGUUCGCUAGACAAAAACGCGAAACGUGAAAACAGUGCUGCCAGUACGCAAUAUAUUUGGUAAUAUUCGUAACGUAAGAUAGGACGAGAGAUUAACAUCGCGAAGAACUCAAGUAUGGUGCUUCGCGGAAAAGGCGACAGAAACUCUCUCGAUCGGACGCGCUGUCGUUCGCCGAAAGACUGACUUAGAAAUGGAAAAGGACGAAAAAGUGAGUCCACGUGUGGUGGGUCCUUGAUCGCGACGCGGUCACAUAUGUUAUGAACAAAGGGCGAAAUCGGAUUACAUGUGAAACCGUAUACACAAAGUUUAAAUACCACGCGCACACCCACAGACACAUACGUUUACACGCGCGCGAUACGACCGCGUCGUUUCUAGGCCGUUUGUUCGGGAGGACGAGUUUACUGUAGAUACGUGAACACGUUGUUGAGACGAAGAAGUUUUUUCUAAAUAUACAGUUUAAAUGUAGCAUUGCGUACGACCAAAUAGGCACGUCCUGUAACCGUCACGCAGCGACGUGCCGUUAGUAAUAAAAACAGAAAAAAAUUAGUAAGGCAUUGUAAUUGUAAAGUACGUUCUUAUUCGUAAGAUUAUACCAGAAAUGAUCAUAAGAGUCUGACUGUUGCUAAUGAUGUUGCUGCUGUUGCGAAUGAUGCCGAGAUCCGCCCGAGAGCUUCGCGAGAGUUACGCGAAAGCGUCGUAUCGAUUUCAAGUCGUUGCAAGCGGAUGAUGUACGCGCGUUGAUCCCGCACCUCCGAAAGUCGCGUAUUAACGUAACGAACGAUACACCCGACACGUUGCGAACGCGAAUCCUCGUUCUACGAACCGGCGAGCGAGCGAGUCUACAAAAUUAAGCUUUACACUCUUAUAAUUAACGCUGUCGGUAUUCGGGUAUUUCGAGUAUUAUCUGCGUGUGACAGAUUACUCUGAGGUAUUGAAUUUCAAGUUAAGUAAUAUCCGUCAAUUUCGACAGUACUACUUGUAAUCUAGUGCGCGCAAAUAACUAUACCGUAGCUUUUUUGAUUCUCUCUCUUUAGCUACCGUUGUUUUUUACGGCAACGUCUAUCUCGGAAUAUGACAUGAGGCACUGGACGUUUAAGCUACCGUUAUUAGCACGACACUACUGCUACUACGUCUCUUAGCUUCAUCGCGUCUUGUACAGCUUGCCUCAUGUGCGUAAUAGUGGACGUUCGCCCGUCCGUAGAAACGCGUCUAUCGCGUUUUUGCCGAUCUCUUUUAUCUGGUACUUUUAUCGGAUCGCGAUGACGAAAAGGUGGAUGGGAGUACAAUCGAGCUCCUCUUCGCUACAUCUGCUACGAUCGUACGAAGCUUCGGUCGGAUCCCUCCGUGAGAGAAACUCGAAGGCACACGACCUCGUAUCCGAUGAAUUCAGUCAUCGUCCAGCCCAGGGCUGCAGAGUCGGGCGGGGCAGGUACAACACAACUCCGGAGAUUACGCUAUUAUAUUCAAAAGUUUCUACUACGUAGUACGUCUAGAUUAUACUUACGUAUAUUGUGUAUAGUGUCUAAAACUGCUGAUGUAGCUGCGAGCGCGGGAUUUUCGGCAGAUAGAGAAACGUGCGCCACCUCAAAAAUGAACUCGUCUCAGUUGCAGGUGCUUAUACUAAAUUUCAAUAUAAGUCGAAGCAUCAGACAUGAAUUUUAACAGUAAUUGAGCCCACCUUUUCAAGAAUCUGACAGAAUUAAUCUUGACAUUAAAAUAAAAAUAAAUUGAUAUUAAUCAUUUUUAGAUUAAUAAUUUUUGUAUCCGCAAAGUGUAGAGUAGUUUCAAUUAUUUCUAAAAGGAAACAGAUUGUCGGGGCGUCGCAAUUCCUUCAAAAUAUUUUUUAAUAUAAGAUUUCAAUAUUUGAAAAUAUAUAUUGAAAUGGUCCGUUAGAAUUUUUAACUUUAAUUGGGAGAUCAAUUUACAAAGCACCUGCAUCUGUCGUUGAUGGUGCGUCGAAAAAAAUUCAAGCAUGAUAGGAAAAAAAAAACACGGGUCCGCGAUCUCGCCACCAUCUUCAUUUGUAAAAGUGUCUAUUUUCUCCGCUGCCUAACACUAAGUACAUUACUUAAUACGAAAAGGCUGGCGAAUUCGGCACUCAGAUCGGCCUCGUCGACGGGCAUACACCCAGACAAUUACCUCGUCCCUCCCCUCCCCCCGGUCGUAGAUCCACCGCAAUCACCGCGACCGUCGACGGGUCCGGCCGCCAAUUUUUCCUCCUACUCUCCGCUUCGAUUAAUAUCUUGUAAGCUUAAUGAAAAUAUCUCGUGUAUUCUGUGAUAAUUACCCCUUAAAAAGGACACUGACACGCUAUAUCUUACACGCACAAAAAAACAUACACGUACACAUACGAGGGAAGAUCCGCGGACGGAGUCCGCGCACAUGGAAGGUGAAAAUUGUACAGAAACUGGAAACGGAUAACAAAGAUAGAUACGACUACAACAUGAUUACACCGAUCCUAAACAUAGCAACAGUAUUUUUCUUCUUUAACUACACUCCCAUAUUUCUAUUAUCUGUAAACGUCCGAGGAGUCUUGUCGCGAUAAUAACGGAAGAAAAAGAAAGAUAUAUAUAUAUAUAUGUACACAGAGUGAUACCAGUUUUUCGUCUCUAAUUCCCUUCAUCUAUCGAUUCUGUGAUCAAUUUGUAGUUGAUUUCUCCUUAGCGAAAGUUUUAUCCUUUUUCACAACUUUCUAUAAUAUUAAAUAUGUCUAAGCCUCACAUAAAAAUACUGUGAAAGUAAAAUUUAUCUCGAAUUGAAUAAAGAUUAAGGCUCCGUCGUCUCUACUGCUCGUUGAAAUUCUUAGACUUUUUAUCACCUUACAGUUUAAAACUUAUCGCUGCCUUGACACUCUUCGUUUAAGGACAAAUACUCGAAAUUGAUCAGAGAAUUCGUAGAUGGGCGAGACCUGGCACACUCCGUGUACCGCGUCGACAAAUCGUAACUCUUCACCCGCGAUAUUAUCAGCCGCAAAAAGAUACAGAAGACGCGACGCGAAGAUACGGGACGCAAAAGUGUGUAGCGCAUAACGGUGAGAAUCGUUUUAGCUCCGGAAAUUCAGUAAACGAUUACAUGAUACGAUAACUGAUGAAAGAGAGAGGGAGAGGGAUUCCAGACGGAAAAAUUUGAACCAGCAAAGCUUAAAAAAAAAAUUACGCAAGUUACGCUUAAAUCGUACGUUUAGCACAUUGCGAUAUUAUGGGUUUUUUUUUUAGCCCUUUCUCGAAAACAAUUUUUUCCAUAGUUUUUACAUCAUUCUCAUUCUGAAUGAUAAUUACGAUUUUAAAUAAAUAAGUUUUCAUGACUAAUAUUUCGGUUGCUUGUUUCUGAAUCGUUUUGAAAGAUUAAAGGCGAAUUAUCGAUCUGAUAAAAUAUACAGAGCGAUUCGUCGUUGCUGUUCCGUUUCUUCAAACGCAAGAAACAUGUUCAAAAGUGUUUUAUCUCUCAUUUGCAUUAAUGGGAAGUCCCCAAGAGAAUGCCGCAAACUUUUGCGUCCGGUCGCCGAUGAAAGCGUAAAGAAUCACGAUCGAAAAUUCAAGGCAGACUCCAAACUGCUAAGCGAGAUAUAAUUUUUUUUUUAGCAAGGAGAAGAGAGAGAUCACAUAACAAAGGGAAACUAAGGAGAGAAAAAAAAAAUAUACACAACUGUUGACAAUACUAUGCUUGAGAAUCGUAUUGACACAUAUGUAAUGUACCUAAUAAAUAUAUAAAACAAGACGGGAGAUGUUUGUGUUUCGUAAGUAAAAGCGUAUUAAGAGUAAACUCGUAAUAGAGCGCGAGGAGGCACGAUAAACUCGCGCGAAACGCGGAACGCGUAAUUUUUGUGCGUAUCAUCAGCGUGAUUUAUUAGGUAAUUACGACUAACGAGCGAAGACAGGAAGCAAGCUUCGUCGUCCCACGGAAAGCGCCAUUAUUGUCGAGAAAAUUUUCGAGCAACGGAGAACGAAGCGAAAGAUAAAGAGAGAGAGAGAGAGAGAGAGAGAAGAGAGGGAGAAAGAUUUCGAUGACACGUCGCCGCUACGCAGGUGACCCAAAGCAAUUAUAUUCGAGUAUGAAACACGCACAUUCAACACAAAAAAAAAAUACCUGCAUAGAAUUCCGAAUCUUCAUCGAUAAACGUUUCGUUUCUUCACUCAUGCUGACGCGUUCUGGAUGCGAACUGGAUGCACAUAUAUGUAUAUAAUGCCAUACACACAAGAUGUAAUACAUAUACAUAUAUACACAUCGACUCACACACACACACACACACACACACACACACACACACACACACACGCACACACGCACAAACACACAUACGUGGGAUAGCGCUUGUGUGACUCCAUAUUCACACGCGCGCGCGCCGUCGUUACGCUUCUCAUCUCUGAAAACGGAUCAUUGUCAUUUAUUCCUAUCAUCAUCAUCAUCAUCAUCAUCAUCAUCUUCAUCAUCGUCAUCGUCAUCAUCUUCAUCAUCAUCAUCGUCAUCGCGAACGACGAUCGCCCGGUGAAUAAUAGUAUUGUUCCACUGAUCGAUUCGACGACAAUCCGCCGUAUCGGACGGCGAUUGUGCGACUUGGGCAAACGCGUUGCCUCUCGAAAUCCUGACAAUCCUGGUGACAUCAAUGCAUAGUGAGACGCGAUUCACGGAGGAUGUCGGCUCGCAUCAAUCGCACCGUUCAACUAGAUAUAGAAAAUCCAUAUAUACAGUAUGACUUGCCUCGUUUUAAGGAUAUAUCGCGCAUCAAUCAUUAAUAUCGUGCCGCACGUAGUUAGCGAAAUUAAAGUUAAAGACGUAAAUCUCUUCCUUGGGUUAUAAGAAAUUCUAUUUCGUAUACGUUGAAGAGCUAUCGAUUCUACGACGAUUCGUUGACCGUUUCGUGUUAAUAUUAAACGUGAGAUCUAGCUGUCGUAUGGCCAAUCGAGAUCCGUGUUCUAACGGCGCGUUCAGCGUAAAAUGCGAGCGUCCGACUUUGCGUCACGUUGACGUUAAAAGGCGAUAUCUUCGUGUAUUAGACAAAUUUAAUCGAAACUCGGCCGAUCGUAUUUCCUGGCGCCAACUGUGCCGCGAGAACACGCUCCCGCCUGUUUAUUAUUUAUAUUUGUAUGUUUAAUGAGUUCGUGCAUACAUUUAGAGAAUAAUCGAGUGUAUACGGAUGGAAUUCAGAGAGAUAAGUGUGGUACAUAGUGUGGUAUAUAAAGAGCGAGAGAGAGAGAGAGAAAGAGGGGAAGGGGGACUGAAACUCGAAUGAUUAGUUAGAUAAAUAUGAAAAAAAUAUUGUAAUCGAAUGAGAGAGAAAGAGAGAAAAGAGAGACGAUCGAGAGAGGGACCUAUUAGAGCUAUAUCAUCGUUGAAUCAUUGCACAUGCAUACACAUACACCACGUGCCAUAUCAUCGCAUUAUAUAUCAGAGACAGAGUUUAAAUACUAUUAAAUCAUAGCUAGAUAUACAGCUGUAUACAUAUGCGUAUACAUAUAUAUAUAUAUACGGCGUGACGGAAUCACGCGGGUGAAAAUCCGGCACGUGUACAGUAUUCGUUUGACUAACUGUGAUUCGUUGCUGGUCCUUAUUCGAGUAAUACGACAUUGAUACGUGGUAUAUGCGACACAUAUACCGGCGUGACGAAGGGGCGAACGAACGAACGGAGACGUACGAGAUGGAAAAUUGGAUAAUUGUAUGGACAUCGGAUGACAUUUGUCUAGUGAACAUUCCAUUUUCGAAGCGAUUGUCUCGAAAAAGAUGUAACAAAUGAUAACGCGCGUAUCUUCCUUACUCAUUCGCCUCUUCAAUCGUUGUCGCGUGUUAGCGAAUGCAAUAUGACGAAAUAGAAUUCUUGUCGCUACUCGGAUAUCGACCGACACUAUUUACUCGCGAUCACACAAUUAUUUCGGCUCGGAGACUUCGGGGUUUCCGAUUCGGCGGAGGGAAAGAUCGUUAGAGCGAACUUUGUUCAUUCAAUCAUCGCCAUCAUGAUAAGCGAGUCACACUCGCGUCGUCGUCACUUCAACACUGUACGAAACGUCUGUUCGCCAACUUGAAGAUGCCCUCUUUGUAAUCUAAUUUUUUUUUUCGCAUCGACAGUUCACACACGCACGUGUAAGAUAUUAUCGCAUCUCGAUCAUGUAAUCACAGAACAGAAUAUAUAUUGCACAUACGUUUGCACAUAUUAUAUACAUAUUUACACAAGUGUGUAUAUACAUUAUAUAUACAUAUAUAUAUAUACAUGGUCAUGAUCGCGAUCCGUGUUGCUGUCUCACCUGCUCGAUCGAAACACAAUUCUGACUAUUACUUUCAAUUUGCCUUUCCUCGAACAAUUUGAAUCUAUCCUAAAACAUAUCUAAAACUCAGAGAAAACGUAAUUUUCCGCCCAUUUUCACCAUACAAAUGAUAUUUUGAGAAUCAUAUUAUUAAACGGGAUGCCUCCCGUACUAAGCGUGCUUCCUUUAAACUGCAAAUUUUUCAAUCAAUUUUGAGUUGAAAAUUAAGAAUCGCAACAAAGAUGUAACAUUUUUCAUUUGUAUUCUUAUGUAACUCACAAGAUUUUUCGAUCAAUUUGAAUUUGUAAUUUACUCGGAUAGCAUUUUAAUUUAAAACUUAUAAAAAUGUCGAAUUGAGGUAUUGAAAGCUACGAUAUAAAGUUGCGAUAUAUAUUCGCUGGAAAAAAUUCGAAAUUAAAUAAAAAAUUCUUUGGACAAAAAGCAUGCAGUUUGAGAGAAAUUACGCUUAAGGGAAGACAUCUUGUGCAAAUAUACACAAACUGUUUAUUAUUGUAUCAUAAAUUGUCUAUAUCAGCUUUGCUACGAAUACUACUUCGCCGAGAACAUCUGAAAGAAAAGUGGGGAAAAAGAUCCCAAGGAGAAAUCCUGAGACAGCCACGGAGCGGUGACUUUUCGAAUGCCCAUUAUCCCACAUCGAAAUUACUCCCCCCCCCCCCCCAUAAAAAUUCCAAUGUUCCACACCGUAUUCGCCUCCAUGUGUUGCCCUAUAUGUUACAAUACGCUGCGCUGUGUUCUUUCUGACUAUCGUUCUCCUCUUUUGUCUCGCGUGAAUAUAGGAGAAAAUGCAGGUAACCGACUCGAGCGAGAAGUAAAGCGGAUAAAAAGAUUGCAACAUACCCUAAUCUUUUUAAGAACAAUUUUGCGUGGGAAAGAACUCUUCGAAAAAAAAGGCCGGAACACCAUUUGUCACUUUUUUGCUUUCCAUUUUCGAGGUAUACUCUUGUUGCAGCGUCGCAACAAAGGUAGAAUAGAAAGGUGGAAGUAGCUAAUAGAGAAGUGUUCCAAUCCUUUUGGGAUAAUUGUACAUAAAGAAAGAAAAAUAUUGCUGUGAAGUACUUUUCAAAAUAUAUUUUGUUGACGUAUAUUGCGUUAGUGUAUUAAAAGUGACAGACGGAGAGAUUACACGGGCGUUGACUUAAUAAUUACUUGAUUCCGUUGCGUUGCAUCGUCGUACAUACUUCCUCGUUGUAAAUGGUUUUAAAAAAAAAUCACGUUGCCUAUGGUAAAGUUGUUCGCAUCGCGAGGAGGAAUCAUAGCGGCUGCACUUUGCCCGAUCUCCGAUUUUCGACAGGAUUCUAUCAACGUCGUUCAAUUUCUUGUAAUAGCAAGUGAUUAUUUUUUUCUAGAUAUUAGUAUGAUACGUAGGGUAAUAUGCAUAGUAAAGGACGUAAUUUAGUUAAUUAUAAGUAAAGCUGUUAAAUCAGAUUGGUAGAAUCGAUUCGAAAAUGCGAGACCAAGUUUGCAUAAACGUUGGGGCGAUCGAGCAGCUGCUGUCGGGUGCCUCCGACGAAUCUGUAAAGUAUUCAAGUUUUAUCGGUCGCAGACGUCCUAAGAGCAAAGUAAACGAGUCACACGUUCGAUAUAACAAUUCUUAAUUUCCCCAUUUCCUCAUCCGUGAUCUGUUCGCACACUUCUCUCGUUCCUCGUUUUGCGAUCAAUGUACCAUAUCCGAAGGGUGCUCUUAAAGUGGAUAGCGAAACGAAAAAAGUGAAAGUGAAAAUUGCGUUGUAUCAAGACGGUGCAUACCGUUGAGCGAGGGGUAGAAAGGAUGGCUUUCUUAUUGGGAUAAGCUGCCUCAGGGGAAGGUGAUCCAGGGACUCUAAUAAACUUAUCCGAAACUA